CGCCUCACUUCCGGGAGCGCCCGGGCACUGAGCCGCCGCCCGCUCGCAGCGCAGCCAGCCCGCCGGCCGCGGGCCGCCGAGUCGGGGGAGCGCGCAGCCAGGCCGAAGCCCCACCGUCCACACAGCCGCGCCUCUCCCCGCCACCAUGGGCGCGUCCGCGCGGCUACUGCGCGCUGUGAUCAUGGGGGCGCCGGGCUCCGGCAAGGGCACCGUGUCGUCGCGCAUCACCAAACACUUUGAGCUGAAGCACCUCUCCAGCGGGGAUCUGCUCCGAGACAACAUGCUUCGCGGCACAGAAAUUGGUGUGUUAGCCAAGACUUUCAUUGAACAAGGGAAGCUCAUUCCAGAUGAUGUCAUGACUCGACUGGCCUUUCAUGAGCUGAAAAACCUCACCCAGUAUAGCUGGCUAUUAGAUGGUUUUCCAAGGACUCUUCCUCAGGCAGAAGCCCUGGAUAGAGCUUAUCAAAUAGACCUAGUGAUUAAUCUGAAUGUGCCCUUUGAAGUCAUUAAGCAACGCCUCACUGCUCGCUGGAUUCAUCCAGCCAGUGGCCGAGUCUACAACAUCGAAUUCAACCCGCCCAAAAAUGUGGGCAUUGAUGAUCUGACUGGAGAGCCUCUCACUCAGCGUGAGGACGACAGACCAGAGACAGUUGUCAAGAGGCUGAAGGCUUAUGAAGCUCAAACACAGCCCGUCUUGGAGUACUACCAGAAAAAAGGAGUAUUGGAAACAUUCUCUGGAACCGAAACCAACAAGAUCUGGCCCCAUGUAUAUGCCUUCCUACAAACAAAAGUCCCACAGAUUAACCAGAAAGCACCAGUUACUCCAUGAGGAAAGCACGUGAAACUAGUAAGAUGAGCAGAAGCUCCUCAUUCGUGCAUUUAGAUGCUCCUUGUCCUGAGACUCUGAUGUGUGAAUUCUUUGAAGAUUAUGUUUCAUUUCUACUGAUUUUAUUCUGGAAAUUAAGGGUGUGCCAAAUGUAUCAGAUACUCAUCUUUUGAAAUCAUCUAGUAUGUUUUAUCCAGUUAUCUUCUGUGGGUACACAAUUCAAAAACAUCAGAGAUCUCUUGUGAAAAAUCGCUUAGAGGAAUUAGUAGUAAUCUAACUCUGUCCAGAAGAGUAAGUGGUUGAUAGAGUUCCCUUAUUUUUCUGGAAAAGUAAAAGAAAAAAAACCUGUGUCACUUGGAAAUAGCACCUCAUCAGAGGGUUUUGCUUAGACAUGCCAAAACGCCGCAUUUAGCACUGUGGUACGUGGUUUUGUGGUGCCGUCUGUCUGUAAAAUCCCAGAAAAAAAGCAGCUGGAUUUACAUAUUAAUUGAAGGAUGCAAAUUAACUGCUGGUUCUACACUAAGAAAUUUGUAAGCUAGCCAUAUAUGUUGUAUUUAUUUUGUUGUUAAGUGUAUCUUCAGGUUACUCAGAAUUUUCAGUUUAUUAACAUAGAGAGUACUUUCCUAUAGGAUUUAACUAGAAAUUGACAUUAAGUCUUGUGAAAGGACUGGAGUUGGAUUUUCAAAGGAAAAUGUAAAGGCCUAUGUUUUCAGAUGUUACUUGGGUUAAGAUAUGUGCUUUUGGACCUACUUGCUGGUUUCUCUUUUUGAUCAAAAUGUAUGAUCUGCCUUGAUGAAUAACAUUAUAAAGUAAGCAUGCUUUUUUCAUUAAGAAAUAGAUCAGGUCUGCCUGGGGAAAACUGUCUGGACAAAAAUAGCAAUCAUAAUUAGUAAACAGGUAAUGGCGAUGGAGAGGAUUUACAUGCCAGGUUAAAAAGGACCUAGAAGCCACAUGUGCUGAGGGAGUUCAGUCCUAAUCAAAGUUGACACCUGCUAGCAUUCAGUGCUGCCCUAUCUUAAGGGUAAAGAACUCUGCUGGUGAAUGAAGCCUAAGCAGCCAUUUUAAAAUCAGUGACUUGAUUCCUUAGUGGAGCAAUAAGGACGCAUGCUUAUGUGCACACUGUGGCCUGGUAGAAAGAGUGGAGCAACAGGAGAGGUGGAGAGACCUGACUGUCUUCAGUGGCAUAUUUACUUUUACUUGGUGCCAAAUCAAACGAAACGAGUCCUCGUACAGCUGUUAAAAACUGCCUUUGAACAUGUGUUUUAUUCUAGGCACCUAAAAUGCAAUUGCCUAUAAGUGGUUCUUACUUAUUUUGGUGGGGGGGGGGACACUUUUCUUUCGAUUUUUAAAAAAUUCAACUUGAUCUUUCAAAAUGGACCAGUGCUUUUAAAAAGGAUUCCUUUCUUCAUAAAACUUUCUAUACUGCCUUAUUUGAAUGUUAAUAUUAACGUGCUAAAAAUGUGAACUACUAAACUUAUGAUUUAUCACUAGGUUAUCAGGCAUACAUUAGUACAAAGGUAUUAGAAUACAAUCCCAUUUGACUGUGGUGAUCACUUUGUCUUUUGGUAGGUCACAGAGCCCACUCCAUUCCACCUUCCAUUCUGCUGCCCCGAUGACUGCCUCUGAACUAGUGACUCAUUUCUAGUAAUUGUCUUAAAACAGUACACAAGCUGGUUUCCUGUCUUGUUAUACUUCAUCUCCUGCUAUAGUGUGGCAGCCAUAUUGGUCUUCUUGACACCCUUGAGAUUUGUAAUCAGAAAUGGGAGAACAUGGCUAUGAAAUUUAAAAUUCUUCUUCCCUGUGACCAUUCCCUCCUCACCCCCAAAACAACCCAAAGUUUUGCACAUGCAUCUAUUAGUUUGGGAAACACCUGCACUAUUGCUUUUUUCUUUAUUAAAGCAAACAGUACUUGUUUUAUGUUGAAUUAAUAUCAGACAGUUCUGAUGAUUAGCAUUGCUGAGGAGCACAUCUGCUAAAAAAAAAAAAACGCAAACCACAUGCUGUAACGAUCAUGGUUAUGAUUUAUGUGCCUCAUGGAAACAUGCCUGGAGCUGAAUGCUGGGCCUAGAAGCUACUGUCUUAAAGGCUAAUGAGAACAGAACUUAAACCCACUACCCUAUUUUCUGGAGUGCCACUUAUUUUGGUACACCUUUCAUAAGCAGAAUGUGUUGUGGGAAAUGGAAACUGGCAGAUAGUAUCAUCAGAAAUUUUAUUUCUCAAUUCCAUUUGAAAUAGGUUAAAUACUGGCUUUUCCCCCAGCUAUUCAGAAGGGCAGUCCAGCAAAGACAAAUAUUUUGGAUACUCACUGUUUGGGACAAAAUGUACCUAUGUUAAUAACAAAUCAUGGUAAUUACAGAACUUGGAUUAAACUGUUUUAAUACUUGCAACCAACAGCAAGAAUAAAUUUGUAUUUUCAAACAUG